AUGGGAAGAACCAUGCUUGUCUGCCUCGUAGGCAGUGUCACGGCCUUUUCCGUUCUCAUCGAUCUUGCUAUCUCCAUUACUUCCUACAUGCUUCACGAGAGCACAUCAAACGAACCAAAUCCUACCAAGUGGAGUAGCGUUUCUCUCACGUCCCUCAACUUCAUACUUGUUUGUCUUCUAUCCUACCGAUUAUUCCUUGAGAGCGAGACUCGAGCGACAGAAUGGUUCCUGUGGAAAUUCCGAGCUCGAGCUCUCUUCAGCCUCAUCAUCUUCAUCAAUCUUGCCAUCAUCAGCGGCGAGAGGGCGAAAACUCUCUUCAGCAGUCCCAAGAGUUCAUCCAGCAGCGUGUGGUUCUCUCUCAACAUAGCCCACGGCGUUGUAUGGACGAUUUCCGCGUACUGUCAAGGAUUUCUCUGUGCCCUCUCGUUCGUCCUCUCCAAUAUCCUCGACAACCAAUCCCGUCGAGUGUCCAAUCCAACUAUUGAUAUCGGCCGCACCGCCGAAUCAGCAUUUUCGACGACCAACCUCAUCUCACCACUGAGUCCACAGUGGAGAAACUCCAUCCUAUCACCCGUCCCCUCGUUCCUCGACCCAUUACCGUCCCCCCAGAGCGAGAUGAGCGUCAGAACAAGCAUCCUCCGCUCCCCACUCCCAAACUACUACACCUGCAAGGAACCCGAGCCGCCCUUCCUGCAGACACGCAGCAGGGAAAGGGAAAAGUCGCUCCGAUCGACUCCGUCCAUCGACACCGUCAUGCGAUGCCCUGAUUCCGUCGUCCCGCCGACUCCCAUCCCGCCCCCUCGCGAGUCCCUCCUCGAUGCCAUCGAGAAGAACAUCCACCCGCUCUUCCGACCUAGCACGCCGCAUCUUCCUCCGAUGCCAAAUAUGACGACUUCGAUUACUGCGCCCUUGGAAAGUCAUGGCCAAGGGACAGGGUCGACCGUGUCCCUGCCGGGCCCGAGGGAAGUCGUUGACACGAAGCUAUCGCCUGAGACGGCACAGCCCCAGCUGCCGUUUUAUGUCCUCAAUGCGACUGCGAGGAAUAGCCUGAUACGAUACGAGGAUAGUAAACUUUAG